GCCCAGUGUGCAUGCGUUCACCAAGUUGCACCGGUAGCGUUUACGUCGACUCUACACAAUAUAUACAUAUAUACACACGACUAUACGUGUAUACUAGAGCCUGCUACACACUUUCUCCGCGUCUCUCUCUCUCUCUCUCUCUCUCUCUCGCUCGCGAAUAGUGACAUAAUUCGCGAGUAGCCGUAGCGGCCGCAUAGCGCAGUGUGUUGCUCUAAGGGAGCCGCAGCGGCCAAGUGCGCUCCAGUUUUUCACAGCAGCCGCAAGAAGUAGUAGUGUGUAUACUGCUAUCUAUAUAGUCGCAGUUCCUCGCUCGAAUAGUAUAUGCAUAUUUCGUCAUGUGGACGAAUUCGCUGAUCGUCGUCGGCCUUACGCUCGUCUGCGUCGUCGUCCUCGUCGACUCGAUACAGGUGAGCCAAGGAGUCGGAGUCUCGUCGGACGUGAGGCUGCUGCAGACGAUAGCCGAUUUCACGCUGAGAAAGAAGCAGGAGAAGAACAAGCAGGACCUGAACAAGAUACCCGGCAUCCCUUGGGUCGACUAUCCUCUCUUUCACGAGAUACCCCAGACGAGCUUCAGCUGCGCCCGUGUACCGGCCGUCCCUGGAAUGUAUGCCAAUGUCGAGACCGGAUGUCAAGUGUAUCACGUUUGUCACGAUGGCCGAGAAGGUGAUCAAGGCGCGACUUUCUUGUGCGCGAACGGCACAAUAUUUAAUCAGAAGGAAUUCAACUGCGACUGGUGGUACAACGUCGAUUGCGGCGAUGCGCCGAGAUUGUACAACUUGAACUUGGAUCCAGAAACGAAUCCCUACGUGCCACCCGCGCACAAAGAGUACCUUCGACGCGAGAGGCUCAGGAUCGUCGUACUGUAAUUUAAUUUAAACAACACGACCGAAUCGCUUCAACAGAAAAUGUAAUAUAUUGUAUCUAUAUUCUUCACGGACUAACUUUUCUACGAAAACAAAAAAUUAUAAUAAGCUUAAGUUGUAAAGUGGGCUAUUAACGUUUGUAAGUAUGCAUAACAGAGCAAUAAAAAUUGAAGAAACAAAA